AUGUCGCAAAGAGCAUCAAUACAUACCCGUGUUUCUUCAGAAACACAACAGGGCUCGACAACACAGAUAUCGUCCAGCAACACAGAGAAUGCACCCCCGUUAGAAGAGGAAAUCCAGCGCAAACCGUGGAAGUUCAUUGGUUACAAGGGAUACACUGAGUUUAUAUCAUCUGAGGAUGACUGGUUUGUUCUCCGACGCUUUGGUACACUCAACGUUCGAGUUGCCCUUGCAUUGCAAGACGAGAUAUCAGUUUUGGAGGAGCAACUUAAGGAGCUGGAUGAAAGCUAUAGCCGACGCGAAUCGCCAGACCGACACAAUGGGAGGUUUCGAGGAGACGCAGAAGACCGAAGGGCCUUGACCGAGCUGAUAUCGGACAAGCUCUACAGGUAUAGUGAGUACACCAGAACAAACUUAAUUGACAUGAAACUCAUGGGACUCCACGAACUAGAUGCCUUUGUGCUUCAGCAGUCCAAGCUCCGAAGGUUUCCCGAAGCACCCCAUCGCGACAUAAGAAGCAUCAGAAACUGGCACCAUAAUCACGACUAUGUGGCAAUAGCAGCCGAAGAGCAAGAGUACCUGGAGCAUGAAAAAGAUCUCAUCUGCCUGGUGCAGAAAGACAAGACACCUCUGCGACGCCUCAUAGACACCUCUCUGACUAUCCGAACGUUGCCAAUAUGGAAACACAAGGGCAAGGCAGCAGCAGAAUAUGACGCUGAGCAUGUCUCUUACUACUCGGAUUCUCGCAUGGACAAGACUGCCUCUGUCGUGAUUGUUGCUGUUGGCAUCGUGAUGCUCAUCACGCCCAUCUGGGUGCUCCAGGCCAUGGACGGGUUGCGGGCCAAACUGGCGGUUAUCACCACGUUUGUGCUCGUAUUUCUUCUGGUACUGUCAUUUGCAAUGGCUUCGAAGCCCUUUGAGGCUCUUGGAGCGACGGCAGCGUAA